UCGUGGACUCGCAGCUUUUUUUUUUUUUUUUAGCGGCAUUGUGAAUGAAUCGUGUGGGAAUCUUUCGACCCUCGCCGUGAAGCAGACAUGUGCAGCAGCCUUCCCACUCCGCUCUACGGUCACGCCGGACGGGCAGAGUUCCGGGACGUUUACGAGCCGGCGGAGGACUCGUUCCUUCUGAUCGACGCGCUGGAGAAAGACGCGGACAGACUGCGGCUCCUCAGCCCGGGUGUGUGUGUGGAGGUGGGCAGCGGCUCGGGGGUGGUGUCUGCCUUCCUGGCCUCAGUGGUCGGAGCCUCGGCUCUGUACAUCUGCACUGAUGUGAACCCUGCAGCAGCUCAAUGCACAGCAAAGACGGCUUCAUGCAACAGCGUUUCACUGCAGCCGGUCAUCACAGACCUGGUCCAGUGUCUUCUGCCUCAGCUGUGUGGGAAAGUGGACGUCCUGCUCUUCAACCCUCCCUACGUGGUGACCCCGUCAGAGGAGGUCGGCAGCACCGGCAUAGAAGCUUCCUGGGCCGGCGGGCAGCGAGGCCGAGAGGUCACCGACAGAUUCCUCCCCGUCGUAGCGCAGCUACUGUCCAGCAAAGGCCUGUUUUACCUCAUCACCAUCGCCGAGAACGACCCAGAGGAGAUCAUCCGGUUACUGGGCCAACGUGGCUUGAAGGGAGAGUCGUGUUUGUCUACGAGAGCCGGAAACGAAAGGCUGUCUGUGCUGCGCUUCCACAGGAGCCAACAAAUCUGAACUUUCUGGACACUUUGAGGAUAUUUCUUUUGCUGCGUUGGACAGAAUUCUGCAAGAACAAACUGUAGAAGAUCAGACGACAAGCAUCUCUGAGGACAAAACAAACGCCACAUGGAGAGACUCGUUGCAUUCGCCUGGUCAAGUUUAAUAAUCAACUACGUUUUUCAGUGCAAAUCUAACAGCUGGAAUGUAUUUUUCCUUCUUUUCACAAGAAGUUGCAAUGUCACUAUUUCAUCAAAUCUACGUUUACAAGCUCGACUCAACAGGACACGACAGUUUGUAAAAAAGGACAAGAAGUGAUGGCAGUGGAAUAAGUACAAAGUUGAUAUUUUGACCUUAGCUGAUGCUUUUAAAAACAGUAAACGUGUUUUCUACUCAUCA